AAAUGUAUGCCAGCAUUUUUGCUCAAAGCGAUUCAUUAGAAUUCUCUAGAGUUUCAUUUGUGAGUUUUCGUGAUGUCGGCUACAGUAGAAAAGAAUCUCGCCGAGGAACAGCCGCAGCCAGCGGAGGAGAAAACUGUCAAAGAGAAGAAACCGAAGGUCCCUAAGGAGAAAAAGCCUAAAGCUACAAAAAAUGCCUCCCAUCCUCCUUACUUUGAGAUGAUUAAGGAGGCUUUGGUGGCACUGAAUGAGAAGAGUGGAUCGAGUCCAUAUGCAAUUGCAAAGUACAUGGAAGACAAGCACAAGGCAGUGCUUCCUGCAAAUUUUAGGAAGAUUUUGGGUCUCCAAUUGAAGAACUCUGCAGAAAAAGGAAAACUGAUAAAAAUCAAGGCUUCAUACAAGUUAAGUGAGGCUAAACCCGCUAAGAAGGAAGCAGUAAGGAAGCCGAAAACAUCUGCUACGGUUAAGGCCAAGAAAACUGAAGGGGUGAAGAAGGCGAAGAAGGCGAGUACAGCAAAGCCUAAGCAGCCAAAGAGUAUUAAGCCUAAGAGGGCUAAGAGGGGGGUUGCCUAAAUAAAUGGGUGUGUUUUUAUGUGAAUAUUGUGUGUGAAUAGAAUAGUAUUAGUAGUAGUUGGUUUUUGUUGCAUCACAAACGAAGUUUCUAAUGAAUAAACUUCCUUACGUUGAAAUCA